GGCGAUGCGCCGGCCGCCUGAGGCGCGGGCGCCCAGCGAGGGUCGGGGCUCGGAGGGCAGCUCGGGGCUGGGGCCGAGCGGCUGAGGCGCCGGGCGGUCAUGAGCUCGACCAAGCCCUGGGGCGAGUGGUUCCUGGGCCUGCGGGUGCCGCCGGCCGGGGUCUUCGGGGUGGCCUUCCUCGCGCGGGUGGCCCUGGUUUUCUACGGGGUCUUCCAGGACCGGACGCUGCUCGUGCGCUACACCGACGCGGACUACCAGGUGUUCACGGACGCCGCGCGCUUCGUCACGCAGGGGCGCUCCCCGUACCUGCGGGCCACCUACCGCUACACGCCGCUGCUGGGCUGGCUGCUCACGCCCAACGUGUACCUGUGUGAGCUCUUCGGGAAGUUUCUGUUCAUCAGCGGCGACCUCCUCGCCGCCUUCCUCCUCUACCGCCUGCUGCGCCUCCGGGGGCUGGGCCGGCGCCGCGCCUGCGGCUACUGCGUCUUCUGGCUCCUCAACCCCCUGCCCAUGGCGGUGUCCAGCCGCGGCAACGCCGACUCGCUGGUGGCGGCGCUGGUGCUGGCGGCGCUGUACCUGCUGGCGCGGAGGCAGGUGGCGGGCGCCGCAGUGGCCUACGGCGUCGCGGUGCACAUGAAGAUGUACCCGGUGACCUACGUCCUUCCCAUCGCCCUGCACCUGCUCCCGGAGCGCGGCGGCGGCGGCCACCCGGGCCCCCGCCCGCGCCGCUGCUCCUUCCGGGCGCGCCUGUCCGAGUUCCUCGGGAGGCUGUGCAGCCGCGCCGUGCUGCUCUUCGUGGCGGUGGCCGGGCUCACGUUUUCCGCCCUGGGCGCCGGCUUUUACCGGAGAUACGGCUGGGAGUUCGUGGAGCACACCUACCUGUACCACCUGACGCGGCGGGACACGCGGCACAACUUCUCGCCCUACUUCUACAUGCUGUACCUGACGGCCGAGAGCCCGUGGAGCCCCUCCCUGGGCAUCGCCGCCUUCCUGCCGCAGUUCGUGUUGCUCUCGGCCGUGUCCUUCGCCUACUACAGGGACCUCGUCUUCUGUUGUUUCCUGCACACGGCCAUUUUCGUGACUUUCAACAAAGUCUGCACCUCCCAGUAUUUUCUCUGGUACCUCUGCCUGCUGCCGCUCGUGAUGCCGCUCGUGAGAAUCCCGUGGAAGCGGGCUGUGGUUCUCCUGAUGCUCUGGUUCAUAGGGCAGGCCUUGUGGCUGGCGCCGGCCUACGUCCUGGAGUUUCAGGGAAAGAACACGUUUCUGUUUAUCUGGUUAGCUGGUUUGUUCUUCCUCCUUAUCAACUGUUCCAUCCUGAUUCAAAUAAUUUCCCAUUACAAGGAGGAACCCCCCAUGGAGAGAAUCAAAUACGACUGAUAGGACUCCAGUUCCUCUGCCACUUCUACUACAUCGUCAUUGUCCUGAACGGACCAGAAGAGAGCUUUGGGACACAUUGAAAAGAACAUCCUGUGCGCUCUAGUGAAGAUUCAGUUUGGAGCACAAAACCCUGUUCCAGCGGGAAUUAAAACGAGUCGUUGCCUUAUAUAUAACGGGGACUCAGCGGUUGAGGGCCACCUCUGUCCUAAUCUCAGCAGUCUCAGUUCUCUGGGACAUGAUGGAAAGUAAAGGUUACUUGUUGAAAAUGGGAAAUCUGAUGAAACUAUCAGAUGCUAAAAUGAGCGUUUUUGUAGAAGAACAGAGGAAUGGAGUUAGAGACCUCAAGUGCAGGUGGGCAUUCGUACGGGUUAUACUGCGCUGCAGUCCGAAGCUGUCUUUUUAACCCCCACUUCUUUUUUAAAGCUUUCCCAACAGCUGCGAGAACUCGUGGAAUGUUCCUAAAGUACAGCUUUUGGAUGUCAAGUGUUAACCAAUACCACCGGGCUUAGACUGGGAGAGUUUGUUCUGUAUUAAACGUGGGGGCUUAGAAAAAGAGUCCAAAGAAUUUAAAUUGUAAUCAUGUUUCAUGUAGUUGUUUUAUUACUUCGUUUUUCAGCACUUAGUCUCAGUGGUAUUAGACUACCAUUUGGUUUUAUACACGAUUAAAUUAAAGUUCACCCAUCUUUAAA